AUGAAAACGCACCAUAUUAUUUGUUUCGUUUCAAUUUUUAUAUUAUCGGAAGCCAAAAGCACACGAGAUUCGGAAUCCAAACAAGACUCGGUAGCAUGCGGCGAAUUACGCGAGGAAUACAUUCGAGUAUGCACUGGACAUGGAAAAGGAGUCAGAGCUAAAAAAGACGAAGAAUUCUGCAAUGCUUUUGAGAAUAUUUGCUUCUCAAUUUCCGAAAAAGAGCCAGAUCGAGCAGAAGAACCAAUCAAACAAGCGGAGAAUGUCGAAGUCACUAGUGCGGCGCCAGUGAAAAAGCAAAAUUUUGCGCGAUUCUGUAAAGAAUUCAAAAAUCGCUAUUUGUAUGUUUGUCCAGAUCCAUUCCGUUUCGGUCAGAAGGCGAUUGUGUUCUGCCCAGUGUACUCUGAGAAAUGUCAGGUGCCUCUACCGGAUAAACCAGUGGUUCCGAAGCGAAGAUCAUCAAAGAAAAACUCAGGUGGAAGCAUCGAAGCACUUUGUCGAAGUUAUAGAGGAUUCGCAGCAAACUACUGCAACAAUCCAUUCCUGACCGCGCAAGCUCAAUAUCGUGCUGCUUGCGAUAAAUAUUGGCGAUUCUGCGGCAGUUCCCAUCGCGGCUAA